CUGGAUCGACCUGCCUGUUUACACCUCAACCUUUCCCCUAGUAGCCAAGUGAGACCCUCGAAGGCAUCCAGAGUUACAACCGGCCAACCCAGGGAUGAGCGCAGGCAGAAUCAACCCUUACAGCAUAGUCUCUUCCGAGGAAGACGGGUUGAUUUUGACCACCAUGCCUGGAGUGAAUGGCUUUGGCAACGGUAAGAUCCACACGCGGAGGAAAUGCCGUAACCGGUUUGUGAAGAAGAACGGCCAGUGCAAUGUCGAGUUUACCAACAUGGACGACAAACCUCAGAGAUACAUAGCCGACAUGUUCACCACCUGUGUGGACAUCCGUUGGAGGUACAUGCUGUUGCUCUUCUCCCUCGCCUUCCUGGUCUCCUGGUUAUUGUUUGGCCUCAUCUUCUGGCUGAUUGCCCUGGUCCACGGGGACAUCGAGAAGCCCACCAAAGACGAAAGCUUCACCCCUUGCCUCCUCCAGGUGAAUGGCUUCGUGGCUGCCUUCCUCUUCUCCAUUGAGACUCAAACGACCAUCGGUUAUGGCUUCCGCUGCGUGACCGAGGAGUGUCCCCUGGCUGUCUUCAUGGUGGUCCUCCAGUCCAUUCUAGGCUGCAUCAUUGACUCCUUCAUGAUCGGCGCCAUCAUGGCGAAAAUGGCCAGGCCGAAGAAGAGAGCAGAAACAUUGCUCUUCAGCCACCACGCCGUGGUGGCCAUGAGGGAUGGCAAGCUUUGCUUGAUGUGGAGAGUGGGCAACCUACGGAAGAGUCACAUCGUUGAGGCGCACGUCCGAGCGCAGCUCCUCAAGCCCAGGAUCACCGAGGAAGGAGAGUACAUCCCUCUGGACCAGAUAGACAUCGACGUCGGGUUCGACAAAGGCUUGGACCGUAUUUUUCUAGUCUCACCCUUGACCAUCCUUCACGAGAUCAACGAGGAGAGCCCCUUGUUUGGGAUUAGCCGGCAGGAUUUGGAAACGGACGAUUUUGAGAUUGUGGUGAUUCUGGAGGGCAUGGUGGAGGCCACGGCUAUGACCACCCAAGCUCGGAGUUCGUAUCUGUCCAGCGAGAUCCUCUGGGGUCACCGCUUCGAGCCUGUCCUCUUUGAGGAGAAAAACCAGUACAAGGUGGACUAUUCGCACUUCCACAAGACUUACGAGGUCCCUUCCACUCCCUGUUGCAGUGCCAAGGAUUUGGUGGAGAACAAAUUCCUGCUUCCGAGCACCAACUCCUUCUGCUACGAGAACGAACUUGCCUUUAUGAGCCGCGAUGAGGAGGAGGAGGAAGAAGAAGAUGAAGACAGCAGAGGUUUGGACAAUCCGUGCUCAGAGGACCUGCCAACGACUGUAGGGCCUCUGGAUCAAAGGUCCUACCGGAGAGAAUCAGAAAUAUGACUCAGGGGCUUCCUAAACUUUGAUCUCUCCUUUCUCCCCUCUCGCUAACCUUCUCCCC